CGGAAGCGUGUUUCGAGCUGCUUGAAAGAAGCGGCAGGCUCCUCUUCGAAAAGCAUCUUUUGUGUGUGUUCUAGGAGUAACGUUACUGUCAGAGAUGGGGGUAACGUGUGUGUGCCAAGUUCCAGUGGCAGAGGGGAAGAGUGUGCAGCAGACAGUGGAUAUGCUGCACAAGAAGCUGGAGCAGCUGGGUGCAGUAAAGCAGGGCAGCUUCUGGGUGGACUGUGAGACGUAUCAUGCCACUGGUAACACAAGCGGUCAGCCUUCCAAGCUGCUAUACGUCAUGCACAACUCUGAGACGCCUCUCAGCUGCAUGGCCCUAUUUGAAGGUGGGCCCUGUCUCACGGCUGACGUCAACUUCGACGUUCUCAUGCUGAAACUCAAGAGCCAUUUCCAGAAUGCCAAGGGCCACAAAGUGGAGAGCCGUGGCACCCGCUACCGGUACUGCGACUUCCUGGUGAAGGUGGGGGCAGUCACUAUGAGCUCCAGUGCCAGAGGAAUCUCUGUGGAGGUGGAGUACUGUGCCUGUGUGGUCCCAGGAGACUGUUGGAAUCUUAUAAAGGAAUUCAUGCAAAGCUUCUUGGGGGCCAAUGUUCCGGAACUGCCGUCUGUCUUUGCCACCAAAUCUGAAGGACUGUAUGCCCCUUCAGACUGCAUGGACACCAUGACCCAGUACCUUGAGCUUUUCAGCAAGGUUCGAAAGCAGCAAGUGAUUCCAGGAGCAAGUGUACGCUAAGAGCAUCACUUAUAUGGGAUGUGCUAAGUAGUACCAACAAAAAGGACUUACAAAACUGCAGAAGCUGGGACUCUUACAUUCUGCUGUUGCUGGUUGGGUUUUAUAUGUUAAGGCUUCAAGAAUAACUUUCACACCUGACAUUUUCAAACAUUUCUACAUGAACUGGUAGGCCUGUAUGGUGAAGCCUAGGAGGUGGAAAUGUAUAAACAAGAAUAUACAGAUUACAAAGUAUGCAUCAUG